AUGCGACCCUCCAGGCGUUGCAGCGCGGCCGAACCAAUAAAAGGGGACGUGUACGGGAAAAAACUUCCGGAGAGCACUUCUACGCGAUCGGCGGGUCCAAUUAGCGGAACGGAUGCUGAAAAACCGGUUCUUCAUGUAUGGAAAAACCUCGGCGACGAUUCAGGAACAAUCACUUCCUUCUGGAAAACCAUAAAAUCUCCCAAUUGUAGAUACUCCGCAAUGCUGGCGUUGCGCAUCACGUUGGUUGCUGCGCUCCCUCUGAUGCUAAUUUCACACUUCUACAAGGAGAAACUUCCCAUGUAUGCUGUCCUCGGGCUUUUAGGUGUGGCCAAUAGCCAAGAUACCGUCGGGGAACAAGUUUCCUUUACCAUCACAUUAGUCCAAGUCGGGGUUUGGAGCACGAUAUGGGGCAGUUUCUUAAGUUUGUUUGAUAUACCUAAAAACGAAGCGCUGUGGUGGUCCUUAGCUUUCCUCGGUUGUUUUGCUGUUGGACUCACGGGUAACUUGCGGUGCAGGCGACAGGCCGUUUUGUUUACGAUCAUCGUUAUGGAAGUGCAGCGAUCGAAAGAAGAGUGGAGCGCCCUCACAGCUUUGCUUGUUGGGCGUGACAUAAUUAUGAGUGCAUUUUUCGCACAGUUACAGGCGAUUCUUCUUCCAGUAAGUAUGAACCGUCGUGUGGACAGAGAGAUGGCAAAGGCUUGCGGGUAUUUAGCCGCCAUCGUACGCGACGCAGCGAAGGUUUGUUGGUCGAAGGAUCCGUUAGAAGUUCAAUUAACACUCCCAAAGCUAAGCUCAGAUCCCUUGCAAGACUGUUUCAUUACCAUUCCCGGCCAACUAACCUACGUCUCCUACGAGGUGUGGGUUUCCACGCGUCAGUUAGAAUUGCGGAGGGAACGCUUAAAGGUUUUGCAGGACGUUAUGCCUAUGUUACACGGCCUUACAGCAGUGGCGCGUAUAAUGAGUGCAGAAGGGGCAUAUCGAAAGCACCGGCACAGGAGCACUGAAAAAAUGGGCGAAGACGCGAUAAUGAGCACGGCGCUUGAGCGACUCAACGACUCCGUGAAUUGUUUUUGUGAUGCCUUGAGUAACACUAUGGAGCAGCUCUCUACGGUGCUCGAACCCCGUGAUGUUAUCGAGCGGGUUCCUUUCGACGAAUUCGCCACUGCAACAUCUAACCUUCAAUCAGCACUUGACAAGCUACACUACGACACCAUGGCGCACGAUUUUGUACCUGAGGAUACUGUUUGGUAUAUGCACCUGGUAUUUGCCCAUCAUAUGAUGAUCUUGUUAGGCGAGGAAAUCCACAAAUAUGCGGAAAACCUCCGAAAUUUUGACCCUUCGCGAUUCAAAUCGGGAUCGCGACGCUUCAUUGAGUUUUUCUUCUUAGAUGUCUUCCACGGCUUCGUUAAGAUGAUCAAAAAUCGUUUCACAUUAGCCACACCCCAUGAUGUACGCGUAUUCAAGAACGCUUUUAAAAUUGCUUGUGCGUAUAUUGUUGGGUGUGCGUAUUCACUUUACAUCGACAAGGAGAAUGUUUACUAUUUCGGCAUGACUAUUCUCAUGGGUGUGGGCUUACCCACAGCUGGUGAGUCUAUAAUGAGUGGAGUGCAGCGUGUUGCGGGACUUCUCUUUUCCACAUCCCUGGCGUAUGCUGUCGACCGGAACUAUCAUCAUGGUUGGGAAUCGUUCGUCUGCGUGCUUUUUGGGGUAUUCAUCGCACUUUUUGCGCGUGUAGCUCCAGCCUAUGCUAGUUGUGCUCUUCAUUGCGCAAUAACACUUCCACCUUCUCUGCACGUGGUCUCUGACUUCCGUCUCACACUCAGUCGACUCGUAUCAAAUGCAUUUUCAGUGAUGUCAUAUUACGCGAUAGUUGUGUUCAUAUUCCCUGUAGACCCAAUCAAGGUGUUGCACAAUACGGAAGUAUGUGUGGUGAAAGCAUUGUCAGAGAACUUUUCGGAACUUAUGGGACUCGUCCAUCCCCCAGUUGGUGAAGGAGACGAUGAGGGAAGUGAAAUAAUGUCACUUUUGCUAAGGAUUAAGGGACGGAGGGAGGCGGUGUGGGAAACGUUGAAAUCGGUACGCGUGUGCAUGGGAGUAGCGGCAACAGAACCUAUUCUUCACGGUAUACCGUAUCCUGCGCGUGGUCAAGAGGAGUUUGUUCCCGUCUUGCGGCGCCUCGCAGCCUCUGUGGAUAUUAUUUUACUUGGAUUAUUACACACACACAGGCAGCGGCCAGGGGGAAUGGAUCAUGAGAUCCAGCAAGUGUUCGCAACAAUACAACCUGUUGUGCGGGAAAUUGACAAAUACUCCGUUCAUGUGAUGCAAGACUUCGUAGACGCGGUCCACAAACCAAUGGAAUGGUCUUAUGACUUGGCUGCGGAACACUACUCGAAACUCCGCGAGUUAACUGUGCUGUUGAGGGCCGCUUUUAAAAGUGUGUACGAGGAUAUUAUUGCGGGAUUGAGGAGAAAUGCGGUGCAGAUAAAACUUGGAAAGUUUCCAAACCAUAAUUUCCUGGACAUGAGCUGCACUUUUGAUGGUGCGAGUUUUGCGCAUGAUGCAAAUGAAAUGAGUCUUUCUUUUGGCGAUACGCUACGAUUGGACGAACUACUUGAUUGUGAGGAGCUAACAGCGCCGCGUAAUGCAAGUUUCUUGCUUGCUCCAAAAGAUUUUACAAUCAAUCACGACAUGAAUAUGAGCAUUGCUAUUCUUGUUGGUAUUAAUCUAUUCUGCACGCAAUUGAAAAAGACCAUGGAAGCCACAUCGCAACUAAACGCCUUCGAAAGGAGCCGCAUUGGCAGUUGA